AUGCCGACCAUGUCCAAGUUCGCGCAGAAGUCCUUGGUUGGGCUGUCUUUAUUGGCAGCCUUGGUGCAGGCUACACCCGCAGUUAGUCUCAACUUCGACUACCGUGGUGAUAAGGUCCGAGGUGUCAACCUCGGUGGUUGGCUGGUAACAGAGCCAUGGAUCACUCCAUCUCUUUUUGACGCAGCUGGCGAUUCUGCUGUCGAUGAGUGGUCUCUUUGUGCGACUUUGGGCGCGGACCAAUGUCGCUCUGUUCUGUCCCAACACUGGAGCACUUUCAUUACCGCCGACGACUUGAACCAAAUUGCCAGCGCAGGAAUGAACCACGUCAGAAUCCCUGUGGGAUACUGGGCCCUGAAGCACUUGGAUGGUGACCCAUAUGUCGACGGUCAGCUGGAGUAUCUCGACCAGGCUAUCGGCUGGGCUCGUGCCGCCGGUCUGAAGGUCAUGCUUGACUUGCACGGGGCCCCUGGCUCUCAGAAUGGCUUUGACAACAGUGGAAAGCGCGGCCCUAUCCAAUGGCAACAGGGUAAUACUGUUGAGGAUACCAAGGAUGCCCUGGAGGCUCUCGCUGCGCGCUACCAAGGUGAUGGAGAUGUCGUGACGGCGAUCGAGGCUUUGAACGAGCCUAGCAUCCCAGGCGGAGUGAACCAGGAUGGUCUGAAGCAGUACUACUACGAUUCAUGGGGUCUUAUCCGUAAGGCAAGCCAGGACACCACGCUUGUCCUGCAUGACGGUUUCGUGCCUACUGAAUCAUGGAACGGCUUCAUGAGCGAAUCUGCCGGUGUCUGGUAUGUGAUGAUGGACACACACCACUACGAAGUGUUCGACAGCGGUCUUCUCACCAUGGACACCCAAACCCACGUCAGCAACGUCUGCAGCUUUGCCCAAGACCACGUUGUGACCUCUGAUAAGUGGGCUAUUGUUGGUGAGUGGACCGGUGCCAUGACCGACUGUGCCAAAUACCUGAACGGAAAGGGUAUCGGUGCCCGCUACGAUGGUACUUUCGCCAGUAGUCAGCACGUCGGCAGCUGUGAGGGCAAGUCUACUGGAUCCGUGGCUGCUCUGUCUGAGGAUGAGCGAAGCAACCUUCGUCGCUUCAUCGAAGCUCAACUUGAUGCUUAUGAGAAGGGUAACGGCUGGGUCUACUGGACCUGGAAGACUGAGGGUGCUCCUGAGUGGGACAUGCAACAGCAAAUCGCUGGCGGUGUCUUCCCCAACCCUGUCACUAGCCGUCAAUUCCCCGGCCAGUGCUGA